AUGGACACCUCAUUCUCUGAAGCAUCGAGUCGGUCUCAGGCCGAUACUUUAGCUUCAGCUUCAGCUGCAAAUGCUACAUCUCGUACUUCUUCUGUCGUUGGUCAAUCCGCGCCACCUGUGAAGGUUGACGAUGCACCCAAAUUUGAUCUAGAAACUUACAUCUCAAACUACUCCGGGCGCACCCGUUACGACCGUCUCUACCUCAUAGGCACGUGCUCCACUGUGCUGUCCGUCGAUGCCCUGAAGGCUGCCAUCACCGAGGCCAAAUCCAGCAAGGAUGUUGCACGUUACGAGAAGGCCGUCCGCGCACUGGCAGACAUUGCGCCAACUGAUCCCUCCGCGUCACUUGACAACGCUUGGAUUCAAAGUACCCAACGAUACGUACGGACGCAGACUGAGCGACUUGAACAUGAACUGAGGGGAUAUAAAAAUAACUUGAUCAAAGAGAGCAUCCGGAUGGGCAAUGAAGACCUAGGAAAUCACUAUCACCAGACGGGAGACUUGCCUGCCGCAACCAAGGCUUACGCUCGCAUGAGAGACUAUUGUACCGCACCUAAUCAUAUCACAUCUAUGCUAUUUAAGAUGGUCAAUGUCGCCGCCGAACGUGGAGAUUGGGUCUCUAUGCAGUCAAGCGUGUCGCGUUUGCGCAAUUCCCAGUCGAAGCCAGAAGACGCGGCUAAAAACGAAUCCAAAAUCUCCGCCGCCUAUGCACUCUCACAAAUGCGUCAGCAGGCCUUCCUCGAAGCAGCCAAUGUUUUCUUGACUAUUCAGCCAGACCUUGGCGACAAUUACAACGAACUUAUCACCCCCAACGAUGUUGCCGUGUAUGGUGGUAUCUUGGCUCUUGCAACCAUGACUCGCGAAGAACUACAACGCAACGUUCUCGACAAUACUUCUUUCCGCAACUUCCUCGAACUUGAACCUCAUAUGCGCCGCGCCAUCGCUUUUUUCUGCAACUUCAAGUUCCGUUCCUGUCUUGACAUCCUGGAAGCCUACCGCUCAGACUACCUUCUCGACCUUCACCUCCAGCCAUAUCUCGAAACAUUGUACCAGCGCAUUCGCACAAAGUCUAUCAAGCAGUACAUGGUUCCUUUCAGCAGUGUCAGUCUCGAAUCGAUGGCGAAGAUAUUUGCACCUGAAGUUAUUGGCGGCGAAGCGCGGCCUACUGGUCUUUCAUCGCCAUUCGUGCAGGAGCUGAUCACCCUGAUUCAGGAGCGUGUUCUGGAUGCCCGUAUUGAUCUUGAGAAGGGAUUGCUCGUGUCGAACCAAGUCGACGCUCGGAUCGAGGUGCAGCGCACUACCCUUGAAAGCCUACAAGAAUUCAACCAAGAGGCCCAUUGGCGAAUUUUGCGUGCGGCUUUCCUUCAUUCGGGGCUAGAGGUGGGAGGCAUACCCGGAGAAAGGAGGGAAAGGCCCGGGCAGACCUUGAAGGGUGCCAAGUUCAGCCGGGGUGGUUUGCUUGACUGA